UAUAAUGUAUUGCCAGGCAUAUAAAAAAAAAAUCAAGCCAUUCCCCUCGCCUAAAAGUCCUACAGAGGCUGUGCUUUCUUGGUCACACUUUAGUGCUUAGGGCCGGCGUUUAUCUUUUGGGCUUCUCUGCCAUGAAAAGGGUUUGUUACAAAGUAGUUUGUUAAUCCUUUAAAACUGAGAGACUUUUUUUUUUUUUUUUUUGCACUUGUCGUUGACACUUACUUACUGCUGAUAUUGUCAGUGGAGGACUACUACUGGCUGCUGGUAAAUCAACAACUCACAUCAUUAUCAAAAGAAGAGAUUAAAGUUCAGCCAGGUAAUAGAAAGAUUUGUAGAAGAAAAAUGAAUCUGUUUCUGGAAUUUCUGCUGUUUUUAGCAGUACUAAGCUACUCCUACUUAGAAGCUUUUUUGAAACUUUUCAUUCCUGUGAAGAGAAAAUUGGUCUGUGGAGAGAUUGUUCUGAUUACUGGUGCUGGCCAUGGAAUAGGGAGAGCUACUGCCUGUGAGUUUGCCAAGCGUCAAAGCAGACUGGUUCUGUGGGACAUCAACAAGCAUGGUCUUGAGAGCACAGCAGCAGAAUGCAAAAGGCUGGGAGCCACCGUUCAUGCCUUUGUGGUGGACUGCAGUAAAAAGGAGGAAAUCUACAGUACUGCAGAAAAGGUGAAAAAGGACAUUGGCGAUGUCUCCAUCUUGGUGAAUAACGCUGGUGUGAUUACAGCUGCAGACCUGCUCUCAACUCAGGAUCAAGAAAUUGAAAAAAUGUUUGAAGUGAACAUUCUUGCUCAUUUCUGGACAACAAAAGCUUUUCUGCCAACAAUGAUGAACAACAACUAUGGCCAUAUCAUCACAGUGGCUUCAGCAGCAGGUCAUACUGUGACAUCGUUCAUGCUGGCUUACUGUUCAAGCAAGUUUGCUGCAGUUGGAUUUCAUAAAGCUCUAACAGAGGAGCUGUCUACACUGGGGAAGGAUGGAAUAAAAACAUCUUGUCUUUGUCCAGUUUUUGUAAACACUGGCUUUGUGAAAAAUCCAAGUACAAGGCUUGGAAAUGUUUUGGAGAUUGAAGAAGUUGUGAACAAACUGAUGGAGGGAAUACUGACCAAUCAGAAAAUGAUUUUUGUUCCAUCAAAUCUAAGAAUUGCAUUAUUUUUUGAAAAGUUGUUUCCAGAACGCGCCUUGGGAGUUCUGAAAAAAAUGAAUUCUAUUAAGUUUGAUGCAGUUGUUAGAAACAAACAGUGAGAAUGGAAUUGGUUCUCCUUUUACAAUUUCAUUAGUGAAAAUAGAAUAAGUGCUGAUUCUAGUUCAGUUAUUUUGAUUUAGAGCAAAAUGUAAGACAAAUACUUCCCAGCUGCCAUCUUCUAGCACACCUAAAGCUAUAGCCAGUAUCUGCAGCAGGAACAGACCCGUAUAAUAUGCCAUGUUAACAAAGCAGAGAUGCAGCUCAAAAGGUGAAAAGCACAGUUUUGGCUGUACUUAAUAUUGCCUUUCUCUCCAAGCACUGAGACAGAUUAGAAAUUCCCGCAAACUUCAUUUUUGUCAGCAUGGCUGUCCACAUGAGUGCGAGGGGAUUGCCUGACGCCAUGUUAAUCAGGACUCGUCAGUGAGCAAAACCAUGCUAAAUUUAUCAUUUUAUUUGUCAUUUAUCACCUAAAUUUAUCAUUUUAAGUUUCCAAAGGUUCUAAUUCACACUCACAAUGUCAUGUGCUUUCAUAGUGAGUACCUGAAGUAACGUAGCCUUUGAAUCAGAUGUUAUGAAAUUACAUUAAUUAUCAAUUAUGCAUUACCACAGUUGGCAUGACUUAUGCAGAAUAAAUAGAUUUCUUUAAUUUGAUGGUUUCUCUUAUCAGUUAAACUCAUAAUCAUGUUCCAGAGGUAUAAUUCAGUGUAGUUCUAGGUAUACCAAAUGGUGUGAUGUCAGGUAAUACACCUUUUCCUUGUAUCAGCAUCAGUCUCCCAGGAGCUCCCAUUAAGGACAGUAGAGGAUGCAACUGAAAAUAGCUCAAGAGAAGGGCAACUAAAGUAUUUUUUUUUGUCCCCCAUCAUCUCCACCCAAUCCAGAAGACUACUUUUUCAAAAUGAAGAGAAUCAAUUCAGUUCAAAAAAAAUUGGGGAGGGAGGGUGCACCGGCGUGCAUGCACACACGCAUGCGCGCGCGCGCGCGCACACACACACACACACACACACACACACGCACAUGCACUUACUCUAAUUUAUGCAACCCUGAGCUGAAACUGAAACUAGAAAAAAAAGUUUGGAGCUUUGCCAGACAGAAGCCAUUGCAACUUGGAUCCUUGCAAUUGAGAUAAGUCUGCUACUAGGAGUGUGGAGCUGUGGCUUUGCUGUAAGAUUCAGCAGGCUAUGUAUUUCAACAAUAAAUAAAAUGCAGAUGCUGUGAUUGA